UAUUUAACCAGCUAUUAAUUCUCAAUUUAAAAACGUUCACUCUAAGGUCAGUCUAGGGUGAUUUCGAACUUAACCAAGCGGAUCACCAAACAAAAGUUUCCCUCUAGCCACGUUGGCGCCGUUUUUGCGUGCCUGUACACUACGUUAUCAUUAGGCAAGCUUGCGAAAGAGGAGCAAAACGUUGUAGAAGAAAAGGUCCUGAGGUUGAAAAUUGGUUGCAGAAUACAGAUGAAGAAAGCCUGUGAGUGAACACUCAGUUAUGUCUUCUGAUAAUGGAGAAGCUACGCUCAAGAAUAUCCCCGACAAAGAUACAGAGUCUCUUGACAGAGCUUAUCUGGGCAGUCUGAAUGUCUAUACCAAUGGCAUUGGAAAACUGAACAGCAUACGUUUAUCUGGAAGUAUGAACGCUUUGGGAGAGAAUGAGUCAGCCCCAUUUUCGGAUACGUCAAGCAAGUUUAUUCUCAAAGAAGAGCCACAGAAAAAGACCGCUUUUAAAAAACGAUAUUUUGUUAUUUUAUUUCUAUUGUUGUUCUUUGUUGUAACGUCAGUUGUAAUGACCAGUUUGUUUAUAUGGAGAAUAGCGUAUCCACAACAACAGAGAAAUGAGAAUACCAUUAGAACAGAUAAAAAAGAAUGCAGAUUUAAGCCCAAACCCUUGGAUUUUAAAGAACUCCCACCUAAAAUUCUCGAAAUGUUAAAGGAACUAGAGGUUCUUAUCAAGGCUGAGAUAGAUCAAGAAAAAGCGACAGCUCUAAGUGUAAACAUUGUUUAUCUGGACAAAAUCUUAUGGGAAGGAGGAUUUGGAGUAAUAAAUAAAAGCGAAAAAGUGCAAAGAACACCGACACCUAAAACAGUUUAUCCAUGUGCAAGCAUUAGCAAAAUACUUUCAUCACUGAUGCUGUUCAAGCUAUAUAGUGAUGGCCAAGUUCCGUCUCUCAAUAUUCCUGUCCGUCACUAUGAGCCUGCCUUUGAUAUUAGGAAUCCUUUUCAUCUGAACAUCACCUUUAAACACCUAGCUUCGCAGAGGUCAGGUUUACAAAGAGAAGCACCAUGUUAUCCCCCUAGUGAAAGAAAUCUGUGUCCGUUUAGCUACUCCACGAUGCUAAACAGAAUAAAGAAGCUCACAGUUCUUAGAGAACCAGGAACGGAGCCUCAAUAUAGUAAUCUCGGCUGGUCAUUAUUGGGACAAAUACUUGCCAAGCGAUUUGGAGAUGGCAAUUUCAAAGACUGGAUGAAAAGAAAAUUGCUAACUCCAUUGGGAAUGAACGAUUCUAGCUUUACAGUAACUGAAGGGCAAAUAGCUGAUAUACCAGUUGGUUACACCAGCAAUACCUCUUUUCAGCAGGUUAUGGACUGGGGCUGGUUAUCUCCUGCAGGUGGUCUGUAUGCCUCUGUACAUGACCUUGCUAAGAUGGAGAUAAAAGUAUUCUCGAACCAAUUUCUAGCUCCGUGGGCAACGGAAGAAUUCUUUAAAGAAGAUUACAUAUUUCCAGAUGGUAUUACCAUGACGGGACUUCCUUGGGAGCUGUGGUUUUUCAGAGGCUGGAAAAUAAGGGAGAGAACUGCCUAUAUAUAUGGAUACAAUUCGUACGCUGGAGUCGYACCUGAGCUUAAGCUGGCUUUUAAUUAUAUGUGCACCAACUGUAACCUACUUCUGGAUCAAACUUUAAAAUCAUAUUUUAGAAAUAUAAUCACAACUUUCGAUGAAGCUUUACACAAUUUUACGAAAAAGGAAUAUAGAUUACCUCCUGACACUCGUCCGUACAUCGGGGUCUAUUAUGCAGACAGCAUACCAGUCAUAAGCCAAAUCGAAGUCCGUAUCCAUGGCAGCGACAAACUUGCUUUAGCAAUAAAURGUCAAUCACAAGACUCUUUUUUCCUUAACUACACACAACCUCAAAUGUUUGGACUAUAUCUGAACCCCUUGACAGACUGUACUCGAUUAUUCACAAUGGGAGUUGAAGAUAGUUUAGUGUCGUUUGAUGAGCCUCGUAGUAAUGGCUUAUCRCCCGGUUUCAAAAUGUACAACGCUCAUCCGAGUGGUGAAACACACUUUACUCGUACGCGCAAAUAAAUGAGAUGUCAAUCAAAUGCUUAGCCGGUUAACUGUACUUAACAUGUGCACUAGUAGUAACAUUGACAUAAAUGAUUACGAAGUUUAGAAAGCCUUCACCACCUUUGCGGUGAAGAGGAAGUCAAGUCUGGGUAUUAUAGCAGCAGCAAUGUAAUCUGAGGUUUUGCGUGUUUAGCCUCACAAGUUCAUUUGAUUCUACGACAUAUUUAUAUAUCUUCAAAGGCGUCGGAGAAUGUUACAAAUGAAUAUGAAAAUUAGGUUAUAGCUUGGGCUUCACACGCUGGUGAACAUUCAAUAUAUAAUAUGUUUGACAGACCUCGCUCGAAUUCGUGACCUUCGCAUAAGUCUUCCUACGUCAUAAAUUCUAUCAGAGUCAUAUCGUAUUAAACACUAUACUUCUAUGACCCACUGCAAAGACCAGUCACAUGGUCAUUAACUUAAACAAUCGAGUACCGAGCCUAAAUAAGGGAAGGUGCCAAGGGGAGGUGCGCUUUCUUAAUGGGAGGAGGGAUUCAUAGUGAAUGUUUUUAAAAUGAAAUCUAUGACCCACUUAUUAAGUCAACAACGGCCCUCUUAAGCCCUCCCCCCUAAAAACGUAACUUCUCCAAGCGAUGGACAAUGUUUGCAGAAAAGACAGAUUGAUUUGACUUGUGUGCCUUGUCAACCAACGAGCAAGUCUUAAUUUUGUCUCUUAUCUUAGCCAGUAUAAAGUAACACGUCCUAUGCCCCUAUCCAUUGUUUAAUCAUAUUCAGUUUUAAAAGUUCUUUGUUAGUCUUGCGCUAAAUCUUAUCAGUACAACAUCCUAAACUGAGGAGCAAUUAUUGGAGUAUUAAAUAAACAGUUACAGAAUUCUUGUA